CAGCUUUUUUCUGACCAGCAGUCCCACCAUUUCUCUGCUGAGGAGGUGGCUGCCCAUCAGGCUGACCUGGCUAGUCAGUUCGAGCGGAUCUCCCUCUAUGAUCCUGCUCAUGAAAUGCUGGAGAGGGGUGGCUGUCCAGCGAGCCAGAUCUGGUCCACCUCUGGUUUCCUCAAUGGACACAACCUUCCCCCAAUACCGGUGGAGGAGAUCGAGGAGUGCAUUGCCCUGACUGUCCUGAAGGCAGGGAUAUACAGCCUGAAGCUCAAGGAGACCAGGCAGGCCAAGGAACAAGGCUUGCUGAUGGCCAAGGAAACGGCCGAACAGGCAGCAGAGGCCGAACGGCGGGCUUUUGCUGAGGAGCGGAAGAAGCUAGAAGCCGAGGCAGGGGAGCUCCGUGUUAAAGUGGGCGCUCUCCAAGCCAAGAUUGCAGCAGCUGAGGCUGCUCAGAUCAAAUUCUCUGAGGCUCCCCCUCAGAUCCCGGACGGACCGGCCGAAAUGAAAGUUGAUCUUUCCGCCGUUCGGGAUUCCUUCAAGGCUUCAGAGGAGUUUCUGGCUCUGAAGGAGAAGUAUGCCACCGAACAGCUCCCCGCUGUCUUCGGGAGGCACUUGGAGAAAGUGGCUGGAGAGGAGCGCCAGAAGGAGGGGAUCAGGGUGCUUGAUCAGCAUCCUGUCACCAAGGAGUGGGCUGAUAUCCUUGCCCGGGGGAUCUACAGUUCAGGCUGCCAACAUAUGCUCCAGCCUCUCCUCCCCCUCCUAGAAAAGUAUAUGGGCCGAUCAGUGCAAUCCUCCGACUUUCCCUCUGAUCUCCAUCCGGGUCAUCUGAACGCCCUGAUGGCACAGAUGAAAAAGUGCCGGCGAGCCCUGGGGAUGGAGGUCGUGCAGAUUGUAGAUGAGGCUGAUGAAGACGAUGAUGAAGACGAUGAAGAUCAUCCCGAACAAUAGAUUAGACAUUAUCUGUAUUUCCUUUCCUUUGAAUCAGUAGUUUUUGUACUUUCCGGCCAGUAGAGCCGAUGAAUAUACAACUUUUGCUUGCUCAUUUCGUCUUUGUGACUUUUACUGUACUUUAUAUUUGUUUUUCACCUAUCAAUUCGCCUCCGCAAUAGGUUUCAUGUUGCUUUGUUCGGGUGAUCUCCAUAAUCUGAAGCGAUCAGGUCACCUGUUCGGGUGAACUCCUUGUUAAAUCCAGAAUUCAGGACUUAAUAAUCUUGUUAACGCAUGUUGUUCAUAAUGAACCCGUCCAGUCUGUACUUAUGAUCUUAAUAUAAGACCCUAGUGCCCUUUUCAUUCGUUCGUAAGCUUUCAUUCUGACUAGUUGGAAAUUGUGUCCGGUAUUCGGGAUGUAUUUUUGCUCUCUUUGUUGCAUCUGUCAUAUUCUUUCAUGUUAGAUAACCAUACUGUUCGGGUACGCCCAUCAUUUUUACCACCGUUAUAAAUUUCCUUCCUGUUCGGGGAAACGCUUGUAGCCCUUUUCUUUUAUCCCGUUCGGGGAGACGUUUUUAGAGGUUCGUGAACUUUGCUGAUUUCAACCCCGUUCGGGUGUUCACCCACCCCAAAGGAUGCUUUAACUUCUCUCAAUCGUCUUGACACGUGUCUAUUAUUCAUUCGAAUUCCUGGCGGUAGCAUUUCCUUAUAUAAGGAUGCAGCUACUUUGUUUCAGUUUUUUCUGCUGCUUCUGAAUUCCUUCAAGUUUUCUCUCUCUAGAAUUUUCUCCGUUAUUCUAUGUCUGCCUUUUCUGGUUCGUCAGACUCCGAAGAGAUGGCACCCACUUUGAUUCGCCUUUCAAGGGGAAAAGCUCACCCCAAAGAUCAAGGUACAUCUACCCGAUCGUCGGGUUCUAACGGGUCUUCUGCCUCACUUCAUCCCGAACAGCCCCUCCCUGAUGAUGGAUGUCAGUCGGGAGAUGACCUAGCCAUCUAUAAUAAGGGCAUGCCUGAACGGCCCCCCCCCAUUAUAGUCUGAACUUUCAUUGCAUCAGGAAGCAACGUCAACGCCUUCCUGCUGAUGCAGAACAGACGCUCCGCCAAUUACUACCUCCACCCCGUCAGUUCAAUGCGGGGUUCAUCAAACAUCCCAUGCGACACCGUCCGGGAUGUGUGUUGGUGCACAUGGAUGCCUUGGUUGCUGGUUUGCGGUUCCCUUUGCACCCGUUCGUUGUGGAGUUCCUCCGCCGGGUAUCAGUAUUGCCGGCACAGUUCGUGCCUAGCACCUACAGGAUCCUGAAUGGGUUCAUUGUCUGGUGCCACGACCUGGGAAUUGCCCCCAACGUGGACCUCUUUUUGCACUGUUAUGGCAUCCAGCCUUACUGGACCACUGGGUAUUUGCGGCUUGUGGCCCGUCCUGGCCGUUCGCUUUUCACCGACAACCCCACCCCUCCGGAAAAAUGGGAGGAAAGAUUUGUGUUUGUAUUCGUGGGGUCGCCGCUUCCCUUCCCUGAUCGGUGGAACACCUACCCCGUUCAGGACGCCUCCCCAAGGGUGGAUGCAGCUAUUCUCUGCCAGUACGAAAGGCUCCGUCUGGCCGGUUCCAAGAACCUACGGUCUUUCUUGACUCCCGCUAAGAUGCUAGCUGCUGGCAUCGGUAUGAUUCUUCCAUUACUUUGCUCGUUCGGUAUAUUUUUCAAUAUCUUGUUCAUUUUUCUUUGUUCUUCCCUGUAGGUGUGAUUCCCCCCGUCUCCAUAAAGCGUCCUGCUCCUACUCCUUCCUCCACCGCCAUGGUCAGCAAGGGAAAGGAGAAGGCUAUUCAGUCAGGUCCUUUGGCUGGCCGGGAAUCUGGGCCAGUAAACAAGCGGCCGAGAAUCGAAAGCAGCGGCGCCUUGGUCCCGAUCGAUCAGGUCAUUGAUCUGACGGAUCCUUCUGUGGAAAGGAUGCCUAUGGUCCCCUCCCCUUCAAGGAAACUGGGCAACAGGGGAGGUGUUGCUUCAGAUAGUCUCCCAAUCCCCGAUCGGUUGACGGUGGAGUUUUCCGCCAUGGGUCCCCGAGCCGAAUGCCGGACGCUGUUCGGGCAGACUGCAUCCUCCAUGUGGUGCAGUACUUCCUUGAAGGCUGGCGAGGGCUUCACCAACUUGACCCAUUGGUCUGAUUUGGUCGAAGCAGGCCACGCUGAGUCCCUUAAGGUAUGCCCUUGACUGUUCAGUUCUUUCUUCUUAUAACAUUUUUUGGACUUGUUCUUACUGCUGUUUCUUUUUCCACAGGCCGGUACAUACUAUCACCGGGCCUUCCUAGCAGCUGAACGGGAGAUGACCCUCCUUCAUCAGGAGCUGGACGAGAGCCAAACCCUUUUGGCCGCUGCUAGGAAAAUGGCUGCAGAUCUCCAAGAUCGAGCCAACAAGGGUGACAAGGCCAGGGCUGAAUUGGCCGAACUGGAGCAGAGGCUCCAGCGUCGCGAUCGGGAGAUCCGGGCGCUGAAGGACAAGAUUGCCGCUGCCGAAGCCGCUGGUGUCAAGUUCAAAAAGACCCAGCCUAAAGAGGGCGGACAGCCAGCAGCACCCGUUCAGGCCGAUAUUUCUAGAAUCACUCAGCAGGCAGUGAUUGAUUUCCAACGGGGUAAAGGUUUGAACGUAGCUCUGGAGGAGACUGCCCGGGAGUUCCUUGGAAAGCAUCUUGGGGAGUUCUUGAAGAAGAGUAAGGAUCCUCUUCGUGAUGGCCUCCAGCUCCUGGAUGAGACCCCGUCCGGGACUGCAUUUGCUAAUGCUCUGGCGAGAGACACCCUUGUUAAGUGUCAGGAUAUGCUGGUCGACCGGAACCUGGAGGUGAUCAAGGAGUCUUCUGACGAACCCUUCGACCCCAAGGAGGAAGGUUUUGAUCCGUUAUUCUGCCGUGCUUAUCAACGUGUAAUGGAGAAGAGGCGAAAAGCCAGGGACUUAGCCAAUCCCUCGAACGCCAACUCGGAUGCCGUGCCGAACAAGGAUCCUCCCGUAGCUUAGUUAUCCCUGUUGUACUCCUCCUUUUCUUCUUCUCAUGUGUAAUUCCCGGUCAGUAAUGCCGAAGAAUAAAGAUUGAUCCAUCUCCGAAUAUAGUUGUCUUCCAAGCAUUUUUUUUAUAAGUCAGCAUCAUCAUUAAGAUUCAAGCCGUUCGGCCCGUUCCUAGCACCAAAGUUGAGGUGCAGGCUUGUUGCGCCCUCGAGCACCAUGUUUCAGAUGCAUGCCGUCCGGUUUAUUACCGUCGACUGGUUGUUCCCUGAACGCGCAAGUCCUCAUUUAAUGCUUGCUGCGCCCCCGAGCACCAUGUUUCAGAUGCAUGCCGUCCGGUUCAUUACCGUCGACUGGUUGUUCCCUGAACGCGCAAGUCCUCAUUUAAUGCUUGCUGCGCCCCCGAGCACCAUAUUUCAGAUGCAUGCCGUCCGGUUCAUUACCGUCGACUGGUUGUUCCCUGAACGCGCAAGUCCUCAUUUAAUGCUUGCUGCGCCCCCGAGCACCAUGUUUCAGAUGCAUGCCGUCCGGUUUAUUACCGUCGACUGGUUGUUCCCUGAACAAACAAGUCCUCAUUUAAUGCUUGUUGCGCCCCCGAGCACCAUAUUUCAGAUGCAUGCCGUCCGGUUCAUUACCGUCGACUGGUUGUUCCCUGAACGCGCAAGUCCUCAUUUAAUGCUUGCUGCGCCCCCGAGCACCAUGUUUCAGAUGCAUGCCGUCCGGUUUAUUACCGUCGACUGGUUGUUCCCUGAACGCGCAAGUCCUCAUUUAAUGCUUGCUGCGCCCCCGAGCACCAUGUUUCAGAUGCAUGCCGUCCGGUUUAUUACCGUCGACUGGUUGUUCUCUGAACGCGCAAGUCCUCAUUUAAUGCUUGCUGCGCCCCCCGAGCACCAUGUUUCAGAUGCAUGCCGUCCGGUUUAUUACCGUCGACUGGUUGUUCCCUGAAGGCUAAACUAACUUGUUUGGGUUAUCAUCCGCGUUUUUCCUUAUCCGCAAGGCAAUCACCUCUUGCUGCAAGACAGUUUCACAAUUCGUGUAGUGUCUGCCAUCUUCCAAACCCAUAAUUCCGAUGCAUACCGUCGGUUUUACCGUCCGGGGUCAUCCAUAUCAUGAGGUUGAGAUGUCCAUCCUGGACCAUUGAGAAUAAGGCUCCCAAUCCGGGUCUCCCCCUUAUUCUCUGCCAAAAUAGAGACUCGCCUCCAGGAUACAGCUCGGGUUCCACCACCAUAAGGUUCGGGCGAGCUGUAUGGCCAAGGCAAGAUUUUAAGACCAGAGUCCCGAUCCCCCGCUCGGUCACCAUAUGACUUCGGAUGCCGCCCGGUUCGUCCUACUCAAGAUCUUUUACACCAUCUCCCAAGCUGAGUCCGGGCUUGGUUAUCCUGCACAUUGUACUAUUUUUUUUUUUUUUUUGUGCUGAGAUGAUGGCUCCCCAUGGAUCGAGAUGAAUGACAUCUAUAGAUCAAGGUGAGACUUUUGGCCGAGUUUGUGGUGAUGCCGUUCGGCUUGUUGAUGCCGUUCGGCUCGCAAUAUUCCUCUUAACUCUGGCCUCUUUGGAAGCAUUGUUCUCCCUUUUUUUUUUUUAGAGGUGGCAACAGCCGUUUUUAUUGAUAAAAUUUCCGCAAGUGCGUAGCGUUCCAUAUCCCUGCCGGACAGCCUUCGGUAUCCUGUAGGGAAAAGGUCCCCAUCCGGUACGGUAUUUUUUCCAGACCCGGUAUGGUCCCUCCCAAUUCUUUGACAUCUUCCCGCCCUCUAGCGGUUUGCUUUUCUCUCUAUUCCUCAGGACAAGGUCUCCGACUUCAAUCGAACGGAUUUUAGCCUGUUUAUCCACAUACCUCUUAGUCGCCCGGUGAUAUUCUUCCAUUCGUAAAGCUGAGAGAUCCCUUCUUUCCUCUAUGAAGUGGAGUUCAGCACGCAGAUUGUCCUCAUUCUGCUCAGGAUCAUAGUGGAUGGUUCUGUGAGUGGGCACCAAGACCUCAGUUGGGACCUUAGCCUGAAAUCCAUAAGCGAGGGCGAACGGUGUCUCCCCGGUUGCUGUUCGGGGAGUUGUCCUGUAUGUCCACAAGACGUAGUUUAACUGCUCGGGCCAGGUUGACGUGUAAUCUUCGAGCUUCUUUUUUAUACCAUCCAUGAUGGUUCUGUUCAUGUUCUCUACCUGCCCGUUCGCCUGCGGAUAUGCUACGGAAGCUCUUGAAUGCUUGAUUCCCCAUCUAGUGAGGAAUUCCUCGAAGUUCUUGCUCACAAACUGCCGUCCAUUAUCCGUGAUGACCUGCUCGGGGAGCCCGAAUCUGCAUAUAAUAUUUUGCCAAACAAAACGUUGACAUUGAAAAUCCGUGAUACUGGCCAGGGGUUCGGCUUCCACCCAUUUGGUGAAGUAAUCAAUCCCCACUAUGAUGUACUUCCUUGCUCCGGACGCAUUAGGUAGGGGCCCUAGCAAGUCAAUCCCCCACCUAGCGAAUGGUAACGAUAUGGUCAUCGGGGUGUAAAAAGUUGCAGGCCGCCCGGGUACUGGUGCGUAAAGCUGGCAUACCUUGCACUUCCUUGUGUGUUCGAAACAAUCCUGUUGAAUCGUUGGCCAAUAGUACCCCUGCAGGAUGAUUUUCCUGGCCAGGGUCUUUGGUCCCUGAUGGCUGGAGCAGAUGCCUUCAUGAAUUUCUUCCAUCACAGUUGCCGCCUGAACGGGGGGAAGGCAUUUCAGAUAUGGCCCCCCGAACGUCUUUUUGUACAGCUGUCCGUCCACUAGUUCGAACAUGGGGGCCCUUCGCUGUAUACAAGUGAGGUUGUACACGUCAUUUUUAUCGUUCGGCAAAGUCCCAUCCUUCAGGUAAUUUGUCAAGUCAGUGACCCAGCUUGGGACGGCAUAGGACACGGCAUCUACCCGCACAACCAUUGUUGCCGGUGUGGUCAGUGUUUCUCUCUGCGCGAACCUCUGGAUGUGUGCAGGAAUGCCUGGGGCAUGAUCAUCCCGAACGGCACAUUCCAGUUUGGAUAGGAUGUCCGCCUCACUGUUUUCGAUUCUGGGAAUCUGGUCAACCACCACCUGUUCGAACCUGCCGAUUUCUUCCUCAACCAGUUCCUUGUAGGCUUUUAGCCGUUCUUCCCUAACUUCGGCAGAUCCAUUAAUCUGGCUUACCACCAGCUGACUAUCCGAACGGACUUUUAAUCUGCUGGCCCCCAGGGCCUUGGCAUACUUUAAUCCAGCAAUGAGGGCUUCAUACUCGGCCUCAUUAUUGGUUACCUUGAAGUCAAACUGUACGGAGUAGUAUGCCUUGAACCCCUCGGGGCACGUGAUCACAGCACCCCCACCACAGCCUUUGUUACUGGAUGCUCCAUCCACAUACAUUUCCCACCAAUGGUCAUGUACUUCUCCGUCCGCUCCUUCUUCAGUUGAUCUGGCAGUGCAUUCGGCAAUGAAGUCAGCCAAAGCCUGUCCCUUGAUCGUAGGGCGAGGCUUAAAGUCUAUUUCAUACUGCCCGAUCAGGAGGGACCACUUGGUGAUACGCCCACUUGCCAUAAGAUUUCUCAGUAUGGUGGCCAGGGGCUGGGUAGUGUAGAUGGUGACUGGGUGUGCCUGGAAAUAGGGUGUCAGUCGCUUGAUGGUAGCAAUCAAUGCUAAAAUGGUUUUUUCCAUUAAGGUGUACCUGGUUUCUGGCCCGUUCAGGGCUUUGCUCACAAAGUAAAUAGGGCGCUGAACACCCUCAUCUUCCUUUAAUAAAACAGAGCUGACCGCCAGAUCAGCCACAGCCAGAUACAUAUAGAGAUGUUCCCCUGGGUCUGCUUUAGUUAAGACCAGGGGGGAAGACAGGUACAAUUUGAACUCUUCAAAAGCUGCCUGACAUUCUGCUGUCCAUUCGAACGGGUUGGCCUUCUUCAUUAUUUGGAAAAAUGGAAUGGCACGAUCGGCCAGUUUAGCCAUAAAUCGGCUCAAAGCCGCUAAUCUUCCGGUCAACUUCUGAACUUCUUUCAAGUUCCGCGGUGCCUCCAUGUCCAUGAUUGCCUUUACUUUCUCAGGAUUAGGCUCAAUCCCCCGCUCGCUCAUCAUAUAACCCAAAAAUUUGCCCCCCUUGACUGCGAAGGCGCACUUUUUUGGAUUCAGUCUCAUGUUGGCCUUCUGCAUGAUCCCGAAGACCCUUUCCAUGUCCCGGACAUGAUCCUCCUUCUUCCUGCUCUUGAUUAGGAUGUCAUCCACAUAUGCUUCCAUGGUUACUCCUAGCACCUCUUUGAAAAGCAUGCUGAUCAUUCUCUGGAAGGUAGCCAUGGCAUUUUUCAACCCGAACGGCAUGACGAUGUAGCAGAACACACCGUCCGAGGUAACGAACGCCGUUUUCUCUGCGUCAUCCGGGUGCAUGAAGACUUGGUGAUAACCCCGGAAUGCAUCCAUAAAGCUCAGCAGUUCACACCCUGCUGUCUCGUCUACCAGCAGGUCUAUUCGAGGGACAUGAUAGGGGUCCAUGGGGCAUGCUUUGUUCAGGUCGGAGUAGUCCACACACAUUCUCCAAGUAGAUCCUUUUGGAGCAAGGACCACAUUAGCCAACCAUUCGACAUGGACGACUGGUCUAAUGUGCCUGAUUCUUAGUAAGGUGGCUACCUCCUGCCUUGUGAAUUCCCGCCGUUCGGCCGCCUGAUAUCUUUUCUUCUGUUGGACUGGCCUGGCAUCAGGCCGAACAGCCAACUUGUGGCAUAUGAGGGCCGGGUCAAUUCCCGGCAUGUCUUCGGGUCCUCGGGCAAAUAGGACCUGGAAUCUCUUCAGGACAGCGAUCACCCCCUCCCUGAUUUUCCCUUCAAGGUCCACCCCGAUCGCAAUCUUACGAUCGGGAGGGGAAUCAAGCUCGAUGUAUUCUAGGAGGGUGGCUGGCUCGGGGCCUCCCUCGAACUCCGUACGCCGGGUCUGCACCUCAAUGCUGUUUACCCGCUGUCCCCGGGUGGUCAUUUGUUUCAAAGCCUCCCGGUAGCACGUUCGGGCUAUGGCAGGAUCUGUUCGGGCCACUCCUACACCAGUGUCAGUUGGGAAUUUGAUGCACGAGUGUCGAACAGAGGCAAUUGCCUCCAAAUCUUCUAGCCCCGGACGGCCCAAUAUGGCGUUGUGGGCACAUGCAAUAUCCACCACCACAAACGUCAUCCGGACUGCCGCUCGGUGAAUUUCAUCACCAAUUUCCACCAGAAGCUGGAUGGUGCCCUCAGCCUCUAUUACAUUGCCGGUGAAGCUAGCCAGCGGCGUCUUCAGCUUGGUCAGCUGGUCCUUCUUCAGCUUCAUCUUCUCCAACGUGCGUAAAUACAGCACGUUCACACUACUUCCCGUGUCCACCAGAACUCGGUGGAUCAAGGCGUUGUCUAUACACAUACUCACCACUAGCUCGUCCCUGUGCGGACUUGGUGAGUUGGGUAGAUCAGCCACCCCGAACGUAAUUGGCUCCAAGCGGCCCUUCUUUGUGGGAGGUGCAGCUACAGUGGCAACAUAGAGGCUGCGUUCAAAUUUCUUACGUUCGGCGGUCGUAUCCCCGGUCUCUCCUCCACCAAAGAUGACUUUCACCUCCAAUCGUGGCUUUUUUCCCGGAUUCCCAGACCCCUCAGCCUCCUCUAUAGGGGGAAGGUAUGAAUCAUUACUGGGUUCUGCGUCCCGCUCGACAUCCCGCUUCCAGCUAUUGGUUGGGGGAAGGGCUGUUCAGGUUGGUACUGACAUACUUCCUCAGGUAGCCCUUUUGGAUCAGGUCCUCAAUUGCCACAUGUAGGGCGUGGCAAUCCUUCGUGAGGUGCCCAUUCCGCUGGUGGUAUCUGCAGUAGGAGCUUGGGGUAGGUCCCAUCACGGGCCUUGUGUCAGUAGGGGGAGGAAUGGCGUUGUGUUCCAAAUGGAAAACACCAGCUAUAGACAUGACCAGGGGGUGAAGCGCGUAGUCCUUCGAUGAGGCGCUGCAGCCGCUGGUGUGGGUCCCAAACGUUCUGCCAGUCUUGAAGUGGGAGGUUGCGGGGCCGUUCGGUCCCUUAUCCUGAUCUCUUCUUCCAGGGCCGCAUGGUUCCUGGCCCUUUCCAGGAUGUCUGGGUAGCUGGUCCCCGGAUUUCUCUUCAGUUCCCUGUAUAAAUCUCCCGUCUGAAGGGCAUCUGUAACACUUGAGAUUUAAUAUAAACGGAUUAAUAGUACUACUCAUACCAACAGAGGUGCAUCUCCUUUUAAGGGAGCUCAUUACCCAAGAACUCCAAAGUUAAGCGUGCUCGCACGGGAGUAGUCUUGGGAUGGGUGACCCCCUGGGAAGUUUCUCAGGGCGCGCAUGAGUGAGGACAAAGUGCGCGGUAAAGGCUUGUGGUGGUUUGUGAGGACAGUACUAUUGGUCCGGAGUAACUACCUUGGGUCCGUUGGGGCCGGGGUGUUACAGGUGGUAUCAGAGCAACCCUGCGACAGUGUGCUGAUCCGUUGGAUAUCGGGCAGACACCUAGCAGGGGGAAAGAUUCUGGGAUUUGAUUGAGAUUGGUUUAAGGGCGCAACGAGGACGUUGCGAUCCUAAGUGGGGGUGAUUGUAACACUUGAGAUUUAAUAUAAACGGAUUAAUAGUACUACUCAUACCAACAGAGGUGCAUCUCCUUUUAAGGGAGCUCAUUACCCAAGAACUCCAAAGUUAAGCGUGCUCGCACGGGAGUAGUCUUGGGAUGGGUGACCCCCUGGGAAGUUUCUCAGGGCGCGCAUGAGUGAGGACAAAGUGCGCGGUAAAGGCUUGUGGUGGUUUGUGAGGACAGUACUAUUGGUCCGGAGUAACUACCUUGGGUCCGUUGGGGCCGGGGUGUUACAGCAUCGGUGAAAAGAAGGAUGGCAGUCUCAUCUGUCAUGCCGGUCACCUUCAGGGUUUCAGUCCUCCACCUGGUGACGAACCCGGAAAUUGAUUCCUUCGGUCCUUGUCUCACACUGGUCAGAUACCCGAAAUGCAGCUUCGGGGUUGUGCUGGAGGCGAACUGGGCCAAGAAUAAGGUGGAUAGCUCUGCAAAGCUUCCGAUCGAUCCGGGUUGCAAUGUUCCGAACCAUUCCUGGGCUGGUCCCCGAAGGGUGCUGAAGAACAGCCUGCAUAUUGCCGCGUCGGUGGCCCUUAGCAGCAUGAGGCCACCCUGGUAACUCCUCAGGUGUACGUGGGGAUCUCCCACCCCGUCGUAUGUUAAGCCGGUCGAGGGACGGCAGUCCUUCAGGAUUUCGGCGUUCAUGAUUUCCCUAGUAAAGGGAGAUGUGAUCCCAACCCGUGCUGGCGAGGUUUGUUGGGGCGUCCGAUUGACCUGCUCUCUCAGCUCAGUCAUCUGUCUUCUCAUUUCGUCCAUUUCGUCGUCUUGGGCCGUUCGGGGAGUGUGUGGUAUCCUAGCAUCCACAUAUUCCGGUAUUCUGUUUUGGGGAGGGGCAGUUGUGUUAGCCCUCCUCCGGAUGAAGCGUUCCCCAUCCCUCUGGAUAUACUGGAAGUGUUGUCCAACGGGAUCUACCAUGGGGGUAGGUUCCCUAUAUCCGUUUCGAGGGGCGGACGGGGUUCGACUGGUUGGUGCUUCACGUCUGGGGGUAUGGGCCCUCCAGUGGUUCCUGCGGUGUUCCUCGGAAUGAACUGAGGCCAUCGUGGUCUCAAUGUCCUCCUCUUCGUCGAAAGAUGGCAUGGGACGCAACGGGGAUGGUGGCUCACGAGUUUCAUCGGUGUAGCCCUGUUCCUGUUCGUCCGCCAUGCGUUGCAUGGCCUCCGCCAUCUCCCUCAUCAACUGAGGGUUCAUCCUUACAUCCCGGGGGAUGAUUUGCUCGAACUCCCGGGUGGCACUGCCACUAGCGUGUCCUUGCAUGGACCACCCCUCAGAGGAUCUAUUGCCUCCUCGGACUCUGGAUGUAGAACUCGGUGUUGCGGUAGUAAGUCUAGCCAUUUUCAAGAAAAAAUGGUGCUUAGAUCACGGCUUUGUCUGGACUUUUAGUGUGGUUUCCCACAGACGGCGCCAAUGUUUAAGUUUAUUACCGAAGAUCCGAAAGCCCAACACAAGCCUUGGAUAUUGUAGGGAUAUUGGGUAGGGUUGAAAUGUGUAUAAAAUAUAAAAUAGUGAGAUAAUAUUCAACUCAAGAACUUACUUAUAUUCCGUAAUUAAGCAAUUACACUGGAACUACCCGAACGGUAGAUGAAUAUGAGAUUACAAGGAUGGGAGAUGUAAAUCUAUUGCUAAGCUCUGAGUAUUAAAAUGUUAACCCCUUUACAAUGAUCUAAACAUGGGUAUUUAUACUAAAAUAGGGAUGGGCAAGGGGGCCACGUGGCCGAAUCUGGUAGGCUGUCACCUUUGCUAUGUAAGCACUCAUGCCCCCACUUGCAGCCGCCAUGAUCCAGCAUUAAAUGCGGCCUCUACUUGCUGAUUGCCCGUUCGGGCAAGGUGUUCGGUGUAUGGCGUCCCCACCAUAGGUGAUCUUGUUAUGGAAGUAUCCCGAACGCCGAUCGAUAUCUGGGCCUUGAUACUUUGGCAUAAUUGUUUCCCGGAACGUUCCAAGUAUAAGUUUUAUCCCGAAUGCCGUUCGGGAGUUCUUUGGACUGCCUUGGGCCCGCUGCUUCUUCCCGGAUUUGGGCCUAGGGAUAUUGGGCCUGGACCUAAUAUCCCAACAAGCCUAAAAAGUCCCGUGGUUUUCUCCCUUUCCGGGUUUCCACGUAAAAAUAGUUUGUUCAUACACAUUUAUACAUAUAUUUACUAUAUCGUGUUGGAUUAAACUCAACACCACUGUAGAUUACAAAUUUGCAUACAUGGAGUCAGGGAUGUAGCCAGGUCAUAGAAGAGAGGGUGGGCCAGAUUUCAACAAAACAGUACCAGCUAAACUGAAAAAGUUAAUUGAACUCAACCGUCUUUCACUUUACCAAACUAAUCAAUAAUAGAAUCUAUACUUAUUUCAUGAACGAGAUCUCUUUGAAUGAAAAUGGUCAAACUAUCACUCAGAAUGCAAUGUUGUUUUGGCUUUCUUGGAAGGAUGUUGUUGAGUGGCCAUGAUUUUCUAUGAAAUUAAAUUAUGUAAUAUUUCAAUAAAAUUUAAUAACCAUUAAAACUUAAAUCUAAGUAAACAAACAAUUUAAAAGAUUUUCUUUAUACUUUUGGAUUGGAAACUAUAACAUUAACUCCUACAAAGUAUAACCUAAAAACUGCUAAAUCAAUACAUCUAUCGUAUUGAGUGAUCUCAGUCCAACAAUUUCGAUUUUUUAAUAGCAUACCAACAAAUAGCAAUACUAAUAUAAUACAGUUUUGAAUUUCAUGCUCGACAAAGUAACAAAUAUAAAAUAAAAACACAUAGUCAUAUAAUGAUACCUACAGUUUAGCAAUUAUGAGCUGAACAAAUCAAGAAAUUAAUUAAACAUAAUUUUAGAAAUCAGUGUUAGAAAAUACUAGUAAUACCUUAAAAUCGCAGAUAAAAAUGGAGAUUAGGAAUUGAAGUCACUGAUUUACUUCAUUCAUGCGAGAGCUUCAAUUUUCUUUAGAUGUUUGUUUUUGUUCGUGGAAUUAUUCUCUGUCACAGACUAGAAGGAGCUCAGAUGCUAAUUGCGAAUGAAGAUCAGAGGUUUGGCCGUUUGGGACUUUCGGCUGAUCAGAGGUUCUUUAUCUAGACAGCGUAUAUUCAACAUCAGUAAUGUCAAAUUCGAAUAAAAAUUUAAACUUUCAACAUAAUCCCUAAGUAUCAAAAUUUUAACUUUAGUUUACCAUAAAAGUAAGAAGCCGAAGGUUUUUAAAACUGAGACAGUGAAACCUGUAGCGAAAGCUUUCGGUAGCGGACGUUUGGCUAAGCCCAGGUCGCAAUAUAGCUUUGGAGAGAUAGACGGAAGAAGAAGAUAGUGACAAGGGCCUUGUUUGCAACCACAUGUGUUUAAAUAAAAGCACUUUUUGAUAAAAAGUUGUUAUGAUAAAAGUUGGUAGUGUUUGGUAAAAUAAGUGUUGUUUGUGUAAUAGAAAAAGUAAAAAGUAGAUUGUACACGGAAGCCGAGAAAGUAAAAAUUGGUAGUGUUUGGUAAAAUAAGUGAUUUUUUCUUUUAAAAAAGCCAAAAUCACUUUUCUUAAGUGGUUGCAAACAAAGCUUUAGUUGGUUGUGUCAACUGUUUCCUAACAGCUGGUUGUGUUAACUGUUUUGACCGGCUGGUUAUGUUAGCUGUUUUGACCGGCUGGUUAUGUUAGCUGAUAGAUAACUGUUUGGUAAAAUUGGUUGUUUCGAAAUGGCUGAUAGAGUUUAAAUUUAACCAGCCGAAUGAAGAAGCUGCUCCCCUUAACUUCUUCAACAAUCAAUUUUUUCAGCUUUUCAAACUCAACAAGCUAAUUUUAAAAGCCAUUUACCAAACAUCAUUAUUAGCUUCUUUGACCAAUCAAACAGAAAUGGGUCAAACAAGACGGCUGAUAAGUCAUUUGCCAAACAUACCCUUCGUGGGUUUGGUUUUUAGUCCUUUUGCUUCCAAAAGGGUUAGGGUCUGUUAUGGAAGGAGGAUAAAUAUAAUUCCCUGAAGCACCCUUCGUGGGUUUGGUUUUUAGUCCUUUUGCUUCCAAACGGGUUAGGGUCUGUUAUGGAAGGAGAAUAAAUAUAAUUCCCUGAAGCAGGGAUCAUGUGUGCCUUACACAGAGCAUGUACUAAAUAUUUUAAAAGGCUCAAAAUAUACCAGUAAAAAACUACUCCGUAUUAUAAUACAAAAUUUAUUCUAUUAAUAAAUAUGCCCUUUGAUGUAAUUUCACAUUAUUCCAAAACUUUUCAGUUCUUUUGCCAAAUAGAUCUACUUCAUUCAGUUAGUGAUUCAGAUUCAACAUUUCAGAAUCCAGUUCCAGACAAUAAGGGCCUGUUUACUAACAGAGAUAUUUUCCAGUUUUCUAGAAAACUGGAAAACUGGAAAACAGAAAACAGGAAACGUGUUUACCAAAGAAAUUCCUGGAAAACUGGAGAAAGGAAAAAAGAAAAACGCGUUUACCAAACCGUUUUCCAAAACGGAAAAAAUGAGACAUGUCUCUCUUUUCCUUAAUGAUUUGGAGAAGUGACUUUUACUAGUUUUCCAAAUUUGGAAAACAAAGAUGCUGCAAUGCCGCUGCAAUGAAUUUGCAUACUUACACCUAGUGGUGGGUCCGGUCCCUGUGACACUCCAAAAAAAAAAAAAAAAAAAAAAAAAAAAAAAAAAAAAAAAAAAAAUUUAAAUGAAAUAAAAUAAUUAAACAGGAAAAAUUUAACGUGUGAGAAAAGUGACAUUUCUAUGUUAGUCAAAUGAAAGGUUGACUUAAAUGUUAAAAAAAAAAUUUAAUUAAAAACGACUUUUAACAAGUUUUAAUCUUAUUAUACAAACAGUACUACGUAUUAUUAUUAAAAGGAUACAUUUUAGAGUCACGGUGAACUAAUUGUACUUCGUACAAAUACAUACCAUACUUACAUGCCUAGUUACAUGGAAACCGCUAUGCCUAAUAAACGUGCGCCUUGGAAACGCUCGGCAACGAUAUUAAUAAUGAAUGAACCGAAAUCUAGAAUUCUCCUGUGUACUUUUAUACUCCGUAUAUAACACCCGACGGAACCCCUGCGCCAAACCAAGCCCAAACCCUAGGGUGUAGAAGCUUACCCCUAGCCGCCUAGAAGUACAUCGGCUAAACAGAGACAUCGCCGUCGCCAGAAUAUACGCACCUUUUCUUAUGAAGACGGGAAGUGAGAGAGAGACACAGACAGCCACAUCCGCCGAUGUCAUCCCGCUUGAAGUAGUGCACUUCCGAGUUUCACCGGAGAAGAAGAGUAUCAAGUGUCGUCGGAGGAACAGUUUCACGCCCGAAAUAAAGAAUUCGUCGGCUAUAUAUGCAUAUACAUACUACAUCACCGAUGUUCUGUGCGGACCAGAGGAAGACGAACAGCUUGACCCACGUUAGAAGAGACGCGAGCGAAGCCGGGUCGUCACUCAAGUUUGAAGUGUCAGAGUUAAGGUACCGGGCGGCUAUCUUCACACCAGAGAGGAUCGCUGGAAGAAGAGCUGAGCGGAAUUCUGCUGCUGGGUGACGCCGCUAGUUGCUGUUGAUCGUCGGAGGGAACCUACGCUUGCCGGCUAACCCAGGCCAAUCGACGAAGAAGAUCAAAGAAGAAGAUAUACAGUACGUUUUCUCUUCUUCUUGUUGCGAACGUGCGUACUAUUUUAGCAUGUAUUGGACCCGGGCUGUUUUACAACUAAUGAAUUGUAAUGCUCAGAUUAGUUAAUAAGAUGGCCUUAGGCCAAAAUAUUGGGUUGGCCGAACUGUUAAUUAAAGGUAAAAAUAAUAAUAAUUUAUGGACUAUCAUAUAGAUCGAUAAUUUGAGAAAUAAAAGAAUCAUAAAAAGGGGAAUUUAUAAAUAAAAGGGUAGAAGAAUUUAACUAUAAGUUGAUAUUGAUAUUAGAAUUUUAACAUUCUUAGAAGGUAGAUUGGUGAGGAGCAAAGUAGAAGAUUUCACUAGAGUAUUCGGAGUUUGAGGUAAGUUUCUCUGCCGAUCCAAAAUUGUUUCCUCGUAUUAUAUGAUUAUUAUUACGUGUUAUGUGAUUUAAGUGUGAAUUGUGAAUUAUGAGUAUGUGAUUUUGAGGAAUAUAAAUUAAGAGUACUUUUUGGGGUAUAUUACCUUUGAGACUAAUUAGAGAGAUUGGGAAGUAUUUUUGAAGUAUAUCUUAAUUCAAGAUAAAAGUAAAGAUUUUAUAAGAGGUGAGCACCGCGGGAGAAAUCCGCGGUGUCGGUUUUCCACAUCCGGAUAAAUGUGGAGGGUGAUUAGGGUUGCUACUACUAAGAAGUAAAGUUUGAGUUUGAAGUAACAUUUGGAUCUAUGAUCCCUUUUAAGAAGAAGUUAUAGUAGUAGCCCCUAAUCAUUCAGAGAUAUCUUAUUCAGGGGUAGUUGGUAGACUGAGUCCCGAUUACUCGUGACGACUUACUACUCGGAGGGCUUGGAAUCCCUUUUUGGGGGUGUGCACACUUAAGGUAGUCGUUUCGUUUCCGCAAGAGCAGUUGUGGUACCGGCACUUGUUCGGGGUGGCCGUCCGUAACCACGGUCCACCGGGCUCAGUCGAAAGGUUGAGCACCGCCCUUCUAAAUUACUAGGAAGUUAGAGAAGAAGUGAUUUUUGAGAUAAUCAAAGAAGAAGAGAAUUUUUAUGGAGUGUGUUAUUUUUAUAUAGUAUUAUAUAAAAAUCUAUUUCAGCCAAACCUGAUUAUUUUACGGGGUUGGGUAGUACUUACUUAGCUCUAAAGCUAAUUUUUGUUUUCUUUUCUUUGUUUUGUUUUCUGCACUUUAUUUGUGCAGGUGAUGAUCCUUUGUCGAUUGAUGAUUGCUUGAUUCCCGAGAGCGGUUUAGAGAUGCCUUAGACAAACUUAGUCAAGAAUAAACAUUUUAAUUUACUUAUGUUUUGAACACUAGUUUUAGUUUGUUUUGUCUGGGGUUAGCCUGUGCAUUCGGUUAAGAGAUGACCGGAUGUGGCGGUAACACCCAUUUCCCAUUUAAUAUUAUUUCCGCUGCAAAACUUUUUAUCUGUUUUGAUAGAAUAAAUCAAGUUUAUUAUCAAUAAAUCUAUUAUUUCAAGUACUAUUUUGGAAGGGAAAAUGGGGGUGUUACAGUCCCGCUCCGAUGUCGAUUCCAUUCCGGUACCUCCAUCCUCGUACCUUACCCCUUACCCCUACCCUACCCUACCUUACCCACCCAACCCAACCCCGCAUACCCAUUUUCCCCUAUAAUGACCCUACCCCACCCCGGCCCCCACCCCCAUCCAC